AUGGGGACACGCCAACAACGUCGGACGAGGGACUACUAUUAUUUCUUGUUUCGUUUGUUCCUACUGGUGUUUUUGGAAGAUCGGGCCUUUGCGCAGAUAAGAUAUUCUGUUCCAGAGGAGGUGAGGGACGGGACUGUUGUUGGAAAUGUUGCAAAGGAUCUUGGUCUUGAAAUGUCAACGCUUACUGACCGGCGGUUCCGUGUUGUGUCCGGAUCAAAGGAGGCAUUUUUUGAGGUAAACCGCGACAAUGGGGCGCUCUAUGUCCAUAGGAAGAUCGACAGAGAGGAGCUCUGUCAGGGGAGCGGAGCCUGCGUAAUAGAGCUAAAAAUCCUGGUCGAAAACCCUUUGGAAAUGCAUCACAUUGUUGUAGAAAUUAAUGAUAUAAACGAUCACUCUCCCACUUUCCCUGAAAUAAAUCAGACAUUUGAAAUAGCUGAACAUACAUUACCAGGGAAGCAGUUUCAGCUGCACGCUGCUCGUGAUCCCGAUGCUGGUGUUAACUCUAUCCGUACAUACACAUUGACUACAAAUGAACAUUUUGAGGUAGACAUCCGUCAGAGCGAUGAGGAUAAAGUACCAUUUUUAGUGCUGAAGAAAUCUUUGGACAGAGAACAAAAGGACAAACACACGCUGCUGCUCACAGCAGUAGAUGGAGGUAAACCUCAAAGAUCAGGAACAUUAAAUGUAACUAUUAUUGUUCUUGAUAUUAAUGAUAACCGGCCAAUGUUUAAUCAGGAGAUUUAUCAAGUUGAAAUACAGGAAAAUGUUCCUGUUGGUACUUCAGUGUUUAGAAUAAAUGCAACAGAUCCAGAUGAAGGAGCUAAUGGGGAAGUUGAAUACAAUCUAGGAAAAACUCUGAAGAAAAAAGUAUAUGACAUUUUUGAAUUGGACAAAUUAACUGGAGAAAUAACAGUCAAAGGUUUGGUGGACUUUGAAGAAAACGACGUGUACAAACUCGAUGUGGAGGCCUCAGAUAAAGGAACACCUCCAUUGACAGGUGAGUGUAGAGUUAUCAUUAAGUUAAGAGAUGUCAAUGAUAAUCCACCAGAAAUAGAAGUCACAUCUCUGUCAAAUAAAGUACCUGAAGAUUCAAAACCCGGAACUAUUAUUUCACUUCUCAGUGUGUCGGAUAAAGACUCCGGUGUGAAUGGGAAGAUUAUAACAGGCUUGACAUCAGACCCGCCGUUUGAUUUAAAACCCUCUUAUAAGGAAAAUAUUUAUUCCAUUGUCACCAAGGGACUCCUGGAUCGAGAGCAGGUGUCUCAUUAUGAAAUCACGAUAAAAGCCACAGACUGUGGUGAUCCUCCCUUAUCUACUUUUAAAACUCUCAGCAUUCAGAUAUCAGAUGUGAAUGACAACAGACCACAUUUUCAACAAAACCCUUUACAGUUUUAUCUGGUAGAAAAUAAUGUUGCUGGAGCAUCAAUAUUCUCUGUGAGCGCAACAGACAACGAUGUAAGCGAAAAUGCAGCUAUUUCAUAUCAUAUCGUGAGAGAGGGGAGACAAAAUGACGUCACAUCUUUCCUCAAUGUAAACAGUGAAAACGGACACAUCACCGCGCUAAAAAGCUUCGACUUUGAAACAGUGAAAACGUUCCAGUUCCAAGUUGUGGCCUCAGAUUCUGGAACUCCGUCACUGAGCAGCAACGUCACAGUGAACGUGUUCAUUCUGGAUCAGAACGACAACGCUCCAGUCAUCCUGUAUCCAGUCAGCUCCAACGGCUCUGCUGAAGGUGUGGAGGAGAUUCCCCGCAAUGUGAACGCAGGACACUUGGUGACUAAAGUCAGAGCCUAUGACGCUGAUAUAGGAUAUAACGGCUGGUUGCUCUUCUCACUGCAGGAAGUCACUGAGCACAAUCUCUUUUCUUUGGACCGCUACACAGGACAGAUCAGAACACUUCGCUCAUUCACAGAGACAGACGAGGCUGAGCAAAAACUCAUCAUACUGGUCAAAGACAAUGGCAACGUGUCCCUCUCUGCUACAGCUACUGUCAUUGUCAAAGUUGUGGAGUCCAAAGAGGCUUUUGCUGCUUCUGAUGUGAAAAGUGCAACAAAGGAAGAUGAGGAGAGUAAUGUCACUUUUUAUCUCAUGAUCACUUUGGCCUCAGUCUCAGCUCUUUUCAUCAUCAGCAUCAUCGUGCUGAUUGCAAUGCAGUGCUCCAAAUCCACAGACUAUACCUCCAAAUAUCUACAAGAGACUAACUAUGAUGGCACACUGUGUCACAGCAUCCAGUACAGAUCUGGAGACAAACGCUACAUGUUUGUGGGACCCAGAAUGAGUAUAGGAUCCACUAUAGUUCCAGGCAGCCACGCCAACACACUAGUGCUCCCUGACAGGAGGAGGGCAUCUACUGAGUUCCAAGUUGUGGCCUCAGAUUCUGGAACUCCGUCCCUGAGCAGCAACGUCACAGUGAACGUGUUCAUUCUGGAUCAGAACGACAACGCUCCAGUCAUCCUGUAUCCAGUCAGCUCCAACGGCUCUGCUGAAGGUGUGGAGGAGAUUCCCCGCAAUGUGAACGCAAGACACUUGGUGACUAAAGUCAGAGCCUAUGAUGCUGAUAUAGGAUAUAACGGCUGGUUGCUCUUCUCACUGCAGGAAGUCACUGAGCACAAUCUCUUUGCUUUGGACCGCUACACGGGACAGAUCAGAACACUUCGCUCAUUCACAGAGACAGACGAGGCUGAGCAGAAACUCAUCAUACUGGUCAAAGACAAUGGCAACGUGUCCCUCUCUGCUACAGCUACUGUCAUUGUCAAAGUUGUGGAACCCAAAGAGGCUUUUGCUGCUUCUGAUGUGAAAAGUGCAACAAAGGAUGAUGAGGAGAGUAAUGUCACUUUUUAUCUCAUGAUCACUUUGGCCUCAGUCUCAGCUCUUUUCAUCAUCAGCAUCAUCGUGCUGAUUGCAAUGCAGUGCUCCAAAUCCACAGACUAUACUUCCAAAUAUCUCCAAGAGACUAACUAUGAUGGCACACUGUGUCACAGCAUCCAGUACAGAUCUGGAGACAAACGCUACAUGUUAGUGGGACCCAGAAUGAGCAUAGGAUCCACUAUAGUCCCGGGCAGCCAUGCCAACACACUAGUGCUCCCUGACAGGAGGAGGGCAUCUACUGAGAGACACAGUGCGAGCAAAGCAGGAUGUGACCUUGCAGCAUGCGCCUGUGAGUCUGUGAUUGACACCAAAACGCGAACAAUGGGCAGCGACUGCCUUGCAUUUUGUUUGUCUUUACUGAUGCUGUUUGGGACUCAAGCUUCGGCUCAGAUUCGGUACUCAAUCCCUGAGGAGGUGAAGGAGGGAACUGUUGUUGGAAAUGUUGCGAAGGAUCUUGGCCUUGACAUCACAUCUUUGAAUGAUCGACGGUUCCGUGUCGUGUCUGGAAGUAAGGAGACUAUAUUUGAAGUCAACCAGAAUAAUGGGGCAUUGUACGUCCACAGCCAUAUUGACAGAGAGGAGCUGUGCCAGGGCAGCGGUACGUGUCUAAUGGAGUUAAAAAUCCUUGUUGAAAACCCUUUGGAAAUACAUUAUGUUAUCGUGGAAAUUACUGAUGUGAACGACCACUCUCCUAGUUUUCCUGAAAAGGAACAGAUAUUUAAAAUAGCUGAACACACGCUACCAGGAAGGCGAUUUCAGCUGCACACCGCUCGUGAUCCAGAUGCCGGAAUUAACUCUAUUCGUACAUACACUUUAACUACAAAUGAACACUUUGAAGUAAAUAUCCGUCAAGGUGAUGCGGGUAAGAUACCAUUUUUAGUGUUGAAGAAAUCUUUAGACAGAGAACAAAAGGACAAACACACGCUGCUGCUCACAGCAGUAGAUGGAGGUAAACCUCAAAGAUCAGGAACAUUAAAUGUAACUAUUAUUGUUCUUGAUAUUAACGAUAACCGACCAAUGUUUAGUCAGGAGAUUUACCAAAUUGAAAUACAGGAAAAUGUCCCGGUUGGUACUUCAGUGUUUAGAAUGAAUGCAACAGAUCCAGAUGAAGGGACUAAUGGGGAAGUUGAAUACAGUCUUGGAAAAACCUUGAGCCCGAAGGUCUAUGACAUUUUUGAAUUAGACAAAAUAACUGGCGAGGUUAGAGUUCAUGGGGUAGUGAAUUACGAAGAAAAAGACUUAUAUGAGCUGGACAUUGAGGCAUCUGACAAAGCUUCACCACCGUUAACGGGGGAGUGUAGAGUUAUUAUAAAAAUAAAAGACGUCAAUGAUAAUCCACCAGAGAUAGAAGUCACAUCACUGUCAAAUACAGUACCUGAAGAUUCAAAACCUGGAACUAUUGUUUCUUUGCUAAGUGUAAAGGACAAAGACUCGGGUGUCAACGGCAAGGUGAUUUUACAGAUCUCCAAUGACGUUCCUUUCGAAUUAAAACCUUCCUAUAAGGAAAACACUUACUCUGUUGUAACUAAAGGAAUUCUAGAUCGAGAGCAGGUGUCAGAUUAUGAAAUAACAAUAAAAGCCACUGACUGCGGUGAUCCUCCUUUAUCGACUUAUAAAACUCUCAGUAUUCAGAUAUCAGAUGUGAAUGACAACAGACCACAUUUUCAACAAAACCCUUUACAGUUUUAUCUGGUAGAAAAUAAUGUUGCUGGAGCAUCAAUAUUCUCUGUGAGCGCAACAGACAACGAUGUAAGCGAAAAUGCAGCUAUUUCAUAUCAUAUCGUGAGAGAGGGGAGUCAAAAUGACGUCACAUCUUUCCUCAAUGUAAACAGUGAAAACGGACACAUCACCGCGCUAAAGAGCUUCGACUUUGAAACAGUGAAAAAGUUCCAGUUCCAAGUUGUGGCCUCAGAUUCUGGAACUCCGUCCCUGAGCAGCAACGUCACAGUGAACGUGUUCAUUCUGGAUCAGAACGACAACGCUCCAGUCAUCCUGUAUCCAGUCAGCUCCAACGGCUCUGCUGAAGGUGUGGAGGAGAUUCCCCGCAAUGUGAACGCAGGACACUUGGUGACUAAAGUCAGAGCCUAUGACGCUGAUAUAGGAUAUAACGGCUGGUUGCUCUUCUCACUGCAGGAAGUCACUGAGCACAAUCUCUUUUCUUUGGACCGCUACACAGGACAGAUCAGAACACUUCGCUCAUUCACAGAGACAGACGAGGCUGAGCAGAAACUCAUCAUACUGGUCAAAGACAAUGGCAACGUGUCCCUCUCUGCUACAGCUACUGUCAUUGUCAAAGUUGUGGAGCCCAAAGAGGCUUUUGCUGCAUCUGAUGUGAAAAGUGCAACAAAGGAAGAUGAGGAGAGUAAUGUCACUUUUUAUCUCAUGAUCACUUUGGCCUCAGUCUCAGCUCUUUUCAUCAUCAGCAUCAUCGUGCUGAUUGCAAUGCAGUGCUCCAAAUCCACAGACUAUACUUCCAAAUAUUUACAAGAGACUAACUAUGAUGGCACACUGUGUCACAGCAUCCAGUACAGAUCUGGAGACAAGCGCUACAUGUUAGUGGGACCCAGAAUGAGUAUAGGAUCCACUAUAGUCCCGGGCAGCCAUGCCAACACACUAGUGCUCCCUGACAGGAGGAGGGCAUCUACUGAGACAAAGGACAAAGGAAGAAUGAUGUAUUGGUCGCGUCCCCUGCUCUUCUCUCUGCUCUUUUCCUUUGGUGAGCUGAUCUUAGCUCAAAUUAAAUACUCGACUCCAGAGGAGGUUACAGUGGGAACUAUCAUUGGAAAUGUUGCCAAGGAUUUGGGCCUUGAAGUCAGUUCCUUGAUAAACCGGCGUUUUCGCAUUGUGUCCGGAGCUCAGGACACGCUAUUCGAGGUAAACCCGAACAAUGGGGUUUUGUAUGUUCAUAAGAAUCUCGACCGAGAGCAGAUGUGCGAUAGAAAUUCUGCUUGUAUGAAAGAUCUGAAAAUUGUUGUUGAAAAUCCACUCGAGAUCCAUUAUGUCACGGUGGAAAUAACGGAUGCAAAUGACCAUGCGCCGACUUUUGUCGAGAAGGAAAAGGUUAUAGAAAUAGCAGAAAACACUUUGCCAGGAGCUCGAUUUCAGUUACCAGGAGCCCGGGAUCCAGAUGUUGGAGUAAAUUCUGUUCAGCGGUACAGGCUUAGUCAAAACGAACAUUUUAAUCUGGAAAUUCGAGAAAGAGAAGAUGAUAAGAUUCCAUUUUUAGUGUUGCAGAGGCAGCUGGACAGAGAGCAGAAAAGAAACCACAGCUUGAUUUUAACAGCAAUAGAUGGAGGCACGCCACCAAAAUCAGCUAAGCUCAAUCUAACCAUAAAGGUUCUUGAUACCAAUGAUAACAGGCCCACUUUUACGAAAGAAGUGUAUUCUGUUACUUUGCAAGAAAAUGUUGCUUUGGAUACUUUCGUAUUGAAAGUCAACGCUACCGAUCUAGACGAGGGUACUAAUGGGGACAUAGAGUUUGCCUUCGGAGACGACAUUAGCUUAAAGAUUCUGGAGAUAUUCAGUAUAAAUAGAAACACGGGUGAAAUUCGAGUUAAGGGACAAAUAGACUAUGAAGCUUCUGAUGUUUUCAAAUUAAACGUCCAAGCCUCUGACAGAGGUCAACCUCCGAUGACAACAGACUGCAGAGUUAUAAUAAAAAUCCAAGACGUCAAUGAUAAUAAACCUGAAAUAGAGGUGACAUCAAUAUCAAACAUGGUCCCUGAGGAUUCAAAACUAGGGACCGUGAUUUCUCUUAUUAGUAUUACAGAUAAUGACUCUGGUUUGAACGGAAAAGUCAAAUGCACCCUGACUGGGGAUGUGCCAUUUGAAUUAAAACCAUCAUUUAAAGAAAACAUGUAUUCACUCGUGACAAGAGAAACGCUGGACAGGGAAACUAUGUCACAUUAUGAAAUAUCAAUAACAGCUACGGACUUAGGUGAUCCCCCGCUCUCAGCGGUCAAAACGUUGAGUAUUGAGGUGUCGGAUGUGAACGAUAACAUCCCAGAGUUUUCACAGAGUCCACUGGAAUUAUAUUUAAAAGAGAACAAUAAUCCCGGUGAAUCCAUCUUUUCUGUCAGUGCUGUUGACAAAGACUUAAACGACAACGCUAGAGUGUCUUAUCGUAUAACCAGAGGGGGAGGAGGACAAAAUGACAUGGCAUCGUUUCUAAAUAUAAACAGUGAAAACGGACAAAUCACCGCGCUAAGAAGCUUCGACUUUGAAACUGUGAAAAAGUUCCAGUUCCAAGUUGUGGCCUCAGAUUCUGGAACUCCGUCCCUGAGCAGCAACGUCACAGUGAACGUGUUCAUUCUGGAUCAGAACGACAACGCUCCAGUCAUCCUGUAUCCAGUCAGCUCCAACGGCUCUGCUGAAGGUGUGGAGGAGAUUCCCCGCAAUGUGAACGCAGGACACUUGGUGACUAAAGUCAGAGCCUAUGACGCUGAUAUAGGAUAUAACGGCUGGUUGCUCUUCUCACUGCAGGAAGUCACUGAGCACAAUCUCUUUUCUUUGGACCGCUACACAGGACAGAUCAGAACACUUCGCUCAUUCACAGAGACAGACGAGGCUGAGCAGAAACUCAUCAUACUGGUCAAAGACAAUGGCAACGUGUCCCUCUCUGCUACAGCUACUGUCAUUGUCAAAGUUGUGGAGCCCAAAGAGGCUUUUGCUGCUUCUGAUGUGAAAAGUGCAACAAAGGAUGAUGAGGAGAGUAAUGUCACUUUUUAUCUCAUGAUCACUUUGGCCUCAGUCUCAGCUCUGUUCAUCAUCAGCAUCAUCGUGCUGAUUGCAAUGCAGUGCUCCAAAUCCACUGACUAUACUUCCAAAUAUCUCCAAGAGACUAACUAUGAUGGCACACUGUGUCACAGCAUCCAGUACAGAUCUGGAGACAAACGCUACAUGUUAGUGGGACCCAGAAUGAGUAUAGGAUCCACUAUAGUCCCGGGCAGCCAUGCCAACACACUAGUGCUCCCUGACAGGAGGAGGGCAUCUACUGAGGUAAGCCUUCAAGAAAAUAUCUCUCUUUUGUACACCAAAACGCGAACAAUGGGCAGCGACUGCCUUGGUUUUUAUUUCGCUUUACUGAUGCUGUUUGGGACUCAGGCUUCGGCUCAGAUUCGGUAUUCAAUCCCUGAGGAGGUGAAGGAGGGAACGGUUGUUGGAAAUGUUGCGAAGGAUCUUGGCCUUGACAUCACCUCUUUGAAUGAUCGACGGUUCCGUGUCGUGUCUGGAAGUAAGGAGACUAUAUUUGAAGUCAACCAGAAUAAUGGGGCAUUGUACGUCCACAGCCAUAUUGACAGAGAGGAGCUGUGCCAGGGCAGCGGUACGUGUCUAAUGGAGUUAAAAAUCCUUGUUGAAAACCCUUUGGAAAUACAUUAUGUUAUCGUGGAAAUUAUUGAUGUUAACGACCACUCUCCUAGUUUUCCUGAAAAUGAACAGAUAUUUAAAAUAGCUGAACACACGCUACCAGGAAGGCGAUUUGAAUUAGACACUGCUCGUGAUCCUGAUGCUGGAAUUAACUCUAUCCGUACAUACACAUUGACCACAAACGAACAUUUUGAAUUAGACAUCCGCCAGAGUGAUGAGGAUAAAAUACCAUUUUUAGUGCUGAAGAAAUCUUUAGACAGAGAACAAAAGGACAAACACACGCUGCUGCUCACAGCAGUAGAUGGAGGUAAACCUCAACGAUCAGGCACAUCCAAUGUAACUAUUAUUGUUCUUGACAGUAAUGAUAACCGUCCAAUGUUUAAUCAGGAGAUUUAUCAAAUUGAAAUACAGGAGAAUGUCCCGGUUGGUACUUUAAUACUUAGAAUUAAUGCAACAGAUCCAGAUGAAGGCUCCAAUGGUCUAGUUGAAUACAGCCUUGAAAAAAGCUUAAGGCGAAAAAGCAAUACUAUUUUUGAGUUGGACAAAUUAACAGGUGAGAUUAAAGUCAAGGGAUUAGUGGACUUUGAAGAAAACAACGUUUAUAAACUCGACGUUGAGGCAUCUGAUAAAGCUUCACCACCAUUAACUGGGGAGUGUAAAGUCAUCAUUAAAGUAAAAGACAUAAAUGAUAACCCACCAGAAAUAGAAGUCACAUCAUUGUCAAAUACAGUACCUGAAGACUCAAAACCCGGAACUAUCAUUUCACUACUCAGUGUGUCGGAUAAAGACUCUGGAGUCAAUGGCAAAAUUAUUUUACAGAUCUUGAAUGACGUACCAUUUGAAUUAAAACCUUCUUAUAAAGAAAACAUAUAUUCGGUCGUCACCAAAAAUCCGUUAGAUCGAGAGCAGGUAUCACAUUAUGAAAUCACAAUAAAAGCAACAGACUGUGGUGAUCCUCCCUUAUCGACUUUUAAAACCCUCAACAUUCAGAUAUUAGAUGUGAAUGACAACAGACCACUUUUUGAACAAAACCCUUUACAGUUUUAUCUGGUAGAAAAUAAUGUUGCUGGAGGAUCAAUAUUCUCUGUGAGCGCAACAGACAACGAUGUAAGCGAAAAUGCAGCUAUUUCAUAUCAUAUCGUGAGAGAGGGGAGUCAAAAUGACGUCACAUCUUUCCUCAAUGUAAACAGUGAAAACGGACACAUCACCGCGCUAAAGAGCUUCGACUUUGAAACAGUGAAAACGUUCCAGUUCCAAGUUGUGGCCUCAGAUUCUGGAACUCCGUCCCUGAGCAGCAACGUCACAGUGAACGUGUUCAUUCUGGAUCAGAACGACAAUGCUCCAGUCAUCCUGUAUCCAGUCAGCUCCAACGGCUCUGCUGAAGGUGUGGAGGAGAUUCCCCGCAAUGUGAACGCAGGACACUUGGUGACUAAGGUCAGAGCCUAUGACGCUGAUAUAGGAUAUAAUGGCUGGUUGCUCUUCUCACUGCAGGAAGUCACUGAGCACAAUCUCUUUGCUUUGGACCGCUACACAGGACAGAUCAGAACACUUCGCUCAUUCACAGAGACAGACGAGGCUGAGCAGAAACUCAUCAUACUGGUCAAAGACAAUGGCAACGUGUCCCUCUCUGCUACAGCUACUGUCAUUGUCAAAGUUGUGGAGCCCAAAGAGGCUUUUGCUGCUUCUGAUGUGAAAAGUGCAACAAAGGAUGAUGAGGAGAGUAAUGUCACUUUUUAUCUCAUGAUCACUUUGGCCUCAGUCUCAGCUCUUUUCAUCAUCAGCAUCAUCGUGCUGAUUGCAAUGCAGUGCUCCAAAUCCACAGACUAUACUUCCAAAUAUCUCCAAGAGACUAACUAUGAUGGCACACUGUGUCACAGCAUCCAGUACAGAUCUGGAGACAAACGCUACAUGUUAGUGGGACCCAGAAUGAGUAUAGGAUCCACUAUAGUCCCGGGCAGCCAUGCCAACACACUAGUGCUCCCUGACAGGAGGAGGGCAUCUACUGAGUGAAAACGGACACAUCACCGCGCUAAAGAGUUUCGACUUUGAAACAGUGAAAACGUUCCAGUUCCAAGUUGUGGCCUCGGAUUCUGGAACUCCGUCCCUGAGCAGCAACGUCACAGUGAACGUGUUCAUUCUGGAUCAGAACGACAACGCUCCAGUCAUCCUGUAUCCAGUCAGCUCCAACGGCUCUGCUGAAGGUGUGGAGGAGAUUCCCCGCAAUGUGAACGCAGGACACUUGGACAGAUCAGAACAUUACGCUCAUUCACAGAGACAGACGAGGCUGAGCAGAAACUCAUCAUACUGGUCAAAGACAAUGGCAACGUGUCCCUCUCUGCUACAGCUACUGUCAUUGUCAAAGUUGUGGAGCCCAAAGAGGCUUUUGCUGCUUCUGAUGUGAAAAGUGCAACAAAGGAUGAUGAGGAGAGUAAUGUCACUUUUUAUCUCAUGAUCACUUUGGCCUCAGUCUCAGCUCUUUUCAUCAUCAGCAUCAUCGUGCUGAUUGCAAUGCAGUGCUCCAAAUCCACAGACUAUACUUCCAAAUAUCUACAAGAGACUAAUUAUGACGGUACACUGUGUCACAGCAUCCAGUACAGAUCUGGAGACAAACGCUACAUGUUAGUGGGACCCAGAAUGAGUAUAGGAUCCACUAUAGUCCCGGGCAGCCAUGCCAACACACUAGUGCUCCCUGACAGGAGGAGGGCAUCUACUGAGGUUUACCACUCUCAGGAGAAUUGACCGGGUGAUGAACGCUAUCCGUG